GUCAAAAUUCACUCUCACAGCAACCAAGAAAACUAGUUGAAAAUUUGAGUAGUACUCGCACGAACAUCAUCAUCAAACAUGGAGAAAAUCCGGCAUAGAAAUAUCCAAGCAAACGGCAUAAACAUCCACGUGGCGGAGAUCGGCGACGGCCCCGCCGUCCUGCUCCUCCACGGCUUCCCGGAGCUCUGGUACUCGUGGCGCCACCAGAUGCUAUUCCUCUCUUCCAAGGGCUACCGUGCUAUCGCUCCCGACCUCCGCGGCUUCGGCGAUUCCGACGCGCCGCCCUCCGCUUCCAGCUAUACCGUCUUCCACAUAAUCGGCGAUUUGGUCGGCGUGUUGGAUGCUUUGGGGCUGGACCGUGUUUUUCUGGUCGGCCACGAUUGGGGAGCGGUUAUGGCCUGGAAUUUUUGCUUGCUACGCCCCGAUCGGAUUAGGGCUCUGGUUAAUACUAGCGUCGUCUUUCAGCCGAGGAAUCCCAGGAGGAAGCCCCUGGAAACUAUGCGGACUUUUCUCGGCGACGAUUAUUACAUUUGCAGAUUUCAGGAACCUGGAGAGGCUGAGGAAGAGUUUUCUCGUGUUGACACUGCAAGAUUGAUCAAGAAAUUUUUAACAUCAAGAAAUCCUGCUCCUCUUCGGGUUCCUAAAGCAGUUGGCUUUGGGGGCUCGCCUGAUAAACCAAUCACAAUGCCGUCUUGGUUGUCAGAAGAGGAUGUUUCGUACUAUGCCAUCAAAUACAACCAGAGAGGAUUCACAGGUGGAUUGAACUACUAUCGAGCCAUGGACUUGAACUGGGAGGUCACAGCUCCAUGGACAGGCGUGCAAAUAAAAGUGCCGGUGAAGUUCAUUAUUGGGGAUCUUGACCUAACUUAUAACACCCCAGGUGUGAAGGAAUAUAUACACAAUGGCGGCUUCCAGAAACAGGUGCCUUAUUUGCAAGAAUUAGUUAUCAUGGAAGGAGUGGCUCACUUUCUCAACCAAGAGAAACCGGAGGAGAUCAGUCAGCAUAUCUACGAUUUCAUUCAGAGGUUUUGAUCUCAUUCUGAAUUCUCCAUAUUUAGGUAAGUCGUUUUUGAUGUCAUGUUCAUCUGGAUUAUGAACCAGACAUGGUUUAUGUAUUCAAAAGUUGAUCUGUUCUCAGUUGCGCUGCUGCUCACUGAUGUAGCUGGAAGCUAGGAUGUUGUUGUUGUUUCAGGUAAUUUCAUACUUUUAGUUGAGUAACUAUAGAUAGCAUGUUUAAUCCCAUAAACAGAGAUUGGUGGAUUAGUGGAGAACACAAAAGAAUACAAAAUUUUGCCGUAGUUUCACUAAUUUCUAGAUCACACAAUCCUAGUCCUUUUUGCUUUAGUUUUGCUAAUUUCUGCAAAAGGAUACAAAAUUUGGGAUUCUAUAGUGAAAAUGAUGAGAUUCCAACGAUAUUGUUCAUCAAUGAGAAAACUAAAAAAAUUCGAUGUAUUUGUGUAUCAAUACCGGACACUGUUUGUGGAAGAUUUCAAUGAUAUCUUUUGGAAUUGUAAGAGUUUCGCUGCGAACUUCAUAGUUUGUAUUUUCAUACUGAGAAAUGCUCAUAUUAGGACGGGAAAAGAUCCCCUUGGGACGGCUUAGUGGUGAAGUGGGUGUUCUUGAGGCCAAAAAAGGUUUCAAGUUCGAAUUCCACUAACACCUCUAUAGGUAUGAGUCUGUCAUGAUUUUCGAAGUGUGGUUUACCCAUUAUGUAUAGUUGUAGUCUAUUGCACAAGAACAUGAGUUUAACCAGUGGGGGUUUUCAUGAAUUAAAAAAGAGAGAGAUCAAAGUUGUAUGAUGUUGUGAAGUUGUAGAAUUUAUUGUGCCAAUCCUCUUAACCAAGGUACUAAAAAUGCGUUUUGCCCCUUGUUUCUGAUUUCUGUUGCUCAGCUGCAGGCUUGAAGUUGCAUUUCAAAUCCACACUUCUAUCAGACAAUGUUAAUGUACCAAUAAUGAGUUACCCAACUUAUUAACUAUUUGCUUUAUCUUUGCGUCUUUGUUGGUUAUAGUUUGUUGCGUUUCUUGAAAAUAAAAACGCACAUGACACAUGUUUAGACUACAGUUAGAAGUAGCCUCUACUGAAUAAAUACACCGAAACAAUGCUUCAAGGGAAA